AGCUAAAAAAUCAGCAAAGCAACUGAAAUUACUUUAAGGAUAACAUGUUCUAAAUGUCUAUUGUAAUAAACAAAACAAAAAAAUUCAAUAUGACUAUAUUAGAGUGUCUCUUCCCUUUCAUGGUAAAUUAUAUGGAAUAUGUUUUCAGAUUUCCAUUACAUUUUUAAAGCUUUAAGGAAAGAGCUCUUCUUUGUUGUUCUGCAAUACCAUUAAAAUAGAUUACUUAUGUUAAUUGAUGCAUAUUAAACAGUGACAACCGUUUUUUUUUUUUUUCCUACUAAAGUGUACAUCUUUGUACAUUAAAAACAAGGAUAUAUAAACUAGAAGUUAGAGACCAGAGGCCCAACUUGGGACCUGACAGGAUGGCUGGACUGCCCCGCAGGAUCAUCAAGGAAACCCAGUGUUUGCUGGCAGAACCAGUUCCUGGCAUCAAAGCAGAACCAUAUGAGAGCAACACCCAUUAUUUUCAUGUGGUCAUUGCCGGCCCCUGGGAUUCCCCCUUUGAGAGAAGGACUUUCAAACUUGAACUAUUUCUUCCAGAAGAAUACCCAAUGGCAGCCCCUAAAGUGCGCUUCACGACCAAAGCUUGUCAUCCUAAUGUAGACAAGUUGGGGAGAAUAUGUUUAGAUAUUUUGAAAGGUAAGUGUUCCCCAGCCCUGCAGAUCCACACAGUUCUGCUAUCGAUCCAGGCCUUGUUAAAUGCUCCCAAUCCAGAUGAUUCAUUAGCAAAUUAUAUAGAGGAGCAGUGGAAGACCAACGAAGCCCAAGCCAUAGAAACUGGUAGAGCAGGGACUAGGCUAUCUGCCAUUAAUAAUAUUAAAAUUGAUCCGAUCAUCAAGUAUGCAUCACUUCUCUUGUUCUGCCAAGACUUCUUUCUUUCGGUUUGCAUUUAAUGGGCCCAGUCUUAGAAACAUUACAGAAUAAAAGCCCAGACUUCUUCAGUCAUUUGGUGAUUAAAUGCACGUUAGCAAAUCUAUGUCUUGUCCUGAUUCACUGUUGUAAGGUAUGAGCAGAGGCCAGAAGUGUCAUCUGGACUGUUGGGAAACGUUUAAAACAGUGGCCCCUCUCUGCUUUUAUUCAUUUCCCCAAUCCUGGUUUAAGUGUAAAGCACUGUGAAUUAAGGUAGUUGUCAGGUUAGCUGCAGGGGCAUGGGUGUUCUUCAUUUUAUUUUGUUUUAUUUUUUGAAGGGGGAGGUGGUUUUAUUUUAAUUUAUGAGCUCCUUUCCCACUUUUUUGGUGAUCUAAUUGCAUUGGUUAAAAACAGCUAACCAGUUCUUUAGAAUAUGUUCCCUAGCCAGGUCUAACUUUAUUUAGAUGCUGAAGAUGGACAAACUUGAUUGUUUGAACCAGAAUGGGAAAGUUAAACAAACAUCACAGCUCUCAAUAAUAACACUAUGACUUUGCUGUCAAGUAUAGAUGACCCCUUUCAAAAAAAGUUUGUGACCAUUUUGUAUGGCUUGUCUGGAAACUUCUGUAAAUCUUAUAUUCGAGUAAAAUAGUUUUUGUUAUUCUAAAAAAUAAGUGAAAAUAAAAAUAAACUAAAAACUAAAUUCCACCAGAAUAAUAUAGAUCUUAGACUGAUUCCUUCUGGUGUUGAAUAUUUAAGGGAAUUACAUAAAAUCUUGAACAUAAAACACUUAAUAAAAUGAAUUUCUAUACUCAUUUUCAUAAAAAUAAAAUAUAAACAUCAACUUCAUCCAGUUUUUAAUGUAUAGUCUCUCAAAAAUAUACUUCUCAAAAAUUUUGGCUUAUAAUGGGUACAUGUUAUAAAUCAAUGUACAUGCAGUAUAUUUCUUCACAUUGUAUAUUAUUAUUAUUGAUAAUUUAUGAUACUACUCAGCAGUA